UAAUACAGAUUGACAAAAUUAAAAUGAAAGAUGAAAUUUUUUGGCAAUUUUUCGCGAAUAACUUGGGUCAAAUCUAUUAAUAUUCUUCGAAAAUCUUUGUGUGACGAUGGAAAGAAAGUGAUAUAUUGUAGAAGAUGCAUGUCUUUUGAAACUGAUGGAUAUUUUGACACAGCUCGGCAAAGUUUAACUGACGCAGGAAUUGAUUGGCAGAGUGUUGUUAAAAUACAUUUGACGCCGGUGCAAGCUAUGUUACAAAUACCAGAAAUUGAUAAAAGUGUGUUUUAUGAUUGUGGAUUUGAGUUUAUUUUAGAUGGAAGGGGCUACAAACCGUCUAAUGUGAAAUGUGAAUUAUCCCAGAAAAAUAUACUUUUGCUUGCUGAACGAAGAUUAAGUUUCGGAAUGAUUUCUUUGAUAAAAUUGUACCCGAAUUUCCAGAGGGAAUGGGACCAGAGUUCGGCCGAUUGCUGUAUGUCUUCAGAGGGGAUAAUCGUGGUAAAGGGCAAUUGGAAGAGCAGCCCUGCCGAUUUAUUACCCUGAUUUGUAACUGUAAAUAAAAAUUUUAUUGUCGAA